AUGGCCAUGGAGGGUAGUGAAGGAUUCUUCGACGAUAUUCGAGACGCAGGAUGGAAACGGCUCAUGGAACGAAUUCAGACCACUCCUUCAUGUGCAGCAUCUUGCGCGGCCGAGCCGGCAGCACGCUGGUAUCAAAACAACUGGGAGCCGAAUUUCACGUGUCUUGACGAGCGCCGCAUCGGCCGUUGGGGGGAUGGUGGUAAGUGGGUAUGCGAUCCACGUCGCAUCGUUGCGAAGGCGGAGGCUGGGCAUGGUUGCCUUGUGUACAGUGUGGGCUCCAACAACGACUUCAGCUUCGAGGAGAGUAUCUUGCGCGAUAUCUCCCCUGCGUGUGAAAUUCAUACUUUCGACCCGACCAUCGGGGACCGUCCCGCCAAGCCGCUGACGGAUGAACAGAUCACCUUUCACCCCUGGGGUCUCUCCAACAAAAACGACGGGAAGUACAAGACUCUGCAGACCAUCAUGCAGGACCUGGACCAUGGGAACAGAGAGAUCGACAUCCUCAAGAUCGAUUGCGAGGGCUGCGAAUGGUCCAGCUACGAGAGCUGGCUCGACAAAGGGAUUCGCAUUCGCCAGAUAUUGAUUGAGUUGCAUCAGGGUACUGAGGGGGCGACUCCGGUCCCAGCCAUGAAAUUCAUGGAAUCUCUGUCGCAGCGAGGGUUUGUGAUCUUCCACAAAGAGCCCAAUACUCUAGGGUGCGGAGGAAGAUGUAUAGAAUACGCGUUUGUGAGGCUUGCGAGUCCCGAGGCACGCCUUGCAGGAAUUGUGAACAACACCAGGAGUAGGACUUAA